GUAGAGCAUAACGCUGAGGAGGAAACCCCUGAGAAACACCUGAGAAACAUCGAGAGAAACAUCGAGAUCAGCAGCAUGAAGACCAUCGCCUCAAUUGCUUUGCUUUUCAGCACUCUGUGCCUUUUCUCUGAGGCUAUUCAAGUUCAGGAUGGGGAAUACUUCUUCUCGGCUGAAUCAGUGAAAGUUCUGCAGAAGUUGUCUGAAAGUGGAUCUUCUGCUCAGCAGCAAAACCCUCGUCUGGCCACGACCAGCUACAGCGCCGUCUGUGCUAAUCCCACCCUGCCGCAGGAGUUCGUUCCCCUCUGCAACCAGAGCGGAUCCAGCAUGGUCUUCUCAAGACUAGCUGCUGUUCCGAUGGACGUGUGUGAAAUCUGUGCGUUUGCUGCGUGCACCGGCUGCUAGACCUCCAUCAAUCAUCCAUCAGACAAAGGAGGAAGAUUUUCCAUUCCAUCAGUUCACUGUUCAAUAAACACAAACCCCUACACACACACACACACACACACACUUUCCUCGCACUUACAAAAAUGGCUUUAUAGUCCACGUGGCAGCAGAACUUUUUGAACUGUUACUUUUUUGUUUGAAAUCAUGAUUAAUCUGGAAUUUAGAUUUAGAAAUGUAGAUUUACUGUAAUUGUUUGUGUGUUACAGCUUAACAUUUCACUUAUUUAAUGAAAGUAGGGUUGUCUUAUUUUUCUACUGCUUAUAUAUUUCUUGUGUUUUCAUAUUCUUAUACGUGCAAUAAAAGAGAUUAUAAAAAAUA